AGCCGAAUUUCAAUUUGAUAACGCUACGCUAGUUUUUGAUGAUUCGGUUUUUCACUUGAAGUCGUAAAACGCAAUAUUAGAAGAUAAAAAGUAAGACAAUUUUAACAUUAAUUUGAGCCAGAUCAAGAACUGUUCUUGAUCGGAAAAAAUUAUUGCACAUAGGACAUAAAAAUUGACCAAUUGCAGAAGUUGGAAAGAGAUUGAAUGCUUGUUGGGAAAGAGAAUGCCUGACCCAGUGGCCGAACCUGAAAAGGCCCCGCGUUGUCGCGACGACCGCAACCCGAUCGGUGUGUGCGCGUGCGACAAGCGCGACGAGCCCAGCUGUUGCUGUGUGUGGUUCUGUGCACCGUGCGUGUUUACCAACUACGAAGGUUGCAACCUCGUCGCGGUGCUCGUCUGGCUGUUUCCCUUUUUCUUCGCGCCCUACGUGUGGUGCUGCUGGCAGCCGCCCAUCUGGGGCCGGCACUACAACAAGGAGCGGAUUCUCAUCGGGCAAGCGCACAAGACAAAGUUCGUCGCCACCGGAUCGGCGGCCGCCGCGGGGACCGCUUGCGGCGCGCAGGCGUUCCCGGAGUGGAAUGACGACGUGAACAGCUUUCGGUGGAGUUCCCUGGUGAACGAACAAAACAGCUACAUUGAAAAUUGCGAAGACGAGGAGGAGUUUCCGCUUGUUCUGGCCCAGCCCGGGGGAAACUACAACGGCGGGAACUAGAAGACAACUAGGAUCUCGUAACACGGGCGGCAGAUUUCAUCCCGACGGGAGAUGGUGAAAAUGGAUGGUUCCAGAUGACGCUGCGAAGCUUCAACAUCUAUGAGUUCUGUUUGUGCCUUGUAGAACAAGAACCUAACUGGAUAGAUGCUGAUAAGUGUUGUUGCAACAAGGAACUCAAGGAUGUUGAGAAGAUCCCCCACGACGAAGCGACGAAGUGAUUAUCAGUUGUCGAAUCGAGCGGACAUACUGCGCUGCGUUGUGAUGGUCGCCUAAUGUAACGAGGAACCAGGGAAAACGAAAAACAAUGAUGCGGCACCACGCAGAAUCCCCUAAGAAAGUAUAACAUAUGAUAUCCCAGGCGGAGGAGAAGAAAUAUCGAAAAAGCAUCGAACAUUAAAAGAACAGCUGUAAGAAAAUGUUGUCAAACGGUGCGUGGAGGAACGACGGGUAGUUGCGUGGUAUGCUCACCUCCGUCGCACUCCGGAGAGGACUGUACGACUACCGUCGUGCCUGCACCACCGGGCUUAAUUGAGUGGAAAGUACAUGACUAGAUCUGGACGGUGAAGAGAAAUACAAGUACGCACUACGUACUUUUUACUCCUGCACUGAUGUCCACCGCAUUUGUAGUUGAGCAGUAAUGGUGGAGCCUCGAAGUGCGCGCCUAGCUGUGUUGCGUAAACGCAGUGUGCACGCGCGUUUUGUGGGACCACACAGCAGACAAGGUUUUGAUGAGACACAGCACGCUACAACAAGUCUUUGGAAAAAAGAAAGCACAUCCUAUUGACACUUUCGUCGAAGUCGCAGAUGCGCAGCGCUUUCUAAAAAGGAG